AUGGCUGAUGGUCUUAUGGUCAUACCAGGUCACGAUGCAUCCAAGAGGAUGUGUUCUAUGGUGGAUGGAUUUAAAUUGGUAGGGGUUGACAGGGGCUCACAGAUCAAAAGGUUCAUUUCACUGAGAUUUGUUUCUGAGCCUUCGGACACGGUCACUGUGCGAGGCGGAUCAUUUCUCCUGAACUGCUCGGCAGCGGCGGAUCAGGGCCCAGUGAACAUUAGCUGGAGAAAAGAUGGCGCCUUCCUAAACCUGGUAAUGGACGAGAGGCGACAGCUGAUGCCAGACGGAUCCCUAAUGGUGCAGAACGUGGUCCACACAAGGCACCAUCGGCCUGAUGAAGGCCUGUACCAGUGUGAGGCUUCAGUGCUGGGGGCAGGAUCAAUAGUGAGCAGAAUGGCUCGCUUAACUGUGGCAAGCCCACUGAGAUUUAUCUCACAGUCAGAGUCAGUCGCUGCUUAUGCAGGAGACGUCGCCGUGCUGAAAUGUGAAGUGACUGGUGAGCCAAUGCCAUCGGUUCAUUGGCAGAGAAACCGCAUCGACCUGCAGCUGAACACAGACGACGUCCGCAUGGCCGUUCUCCCAUCUGGAUCCCUGGUGAUUAACAAGCUGCAGGCAAGUGACAGCGGGUCCUACCGCUGCCUUGCAGAAAACCCUGGAAGCUCGAGGACGGGAAACGAUGUUGACCUUCAGGUUCUGUCGGAGCCUGGCAUUCACAGACAGUUUACAUACGUUCAGCGGCCUCAGAACAUAGCUGUCCUCGAAGGAAGAGAUGGGGUAAUGGAGUGUUGUGUUACUGGAUUCCCAGCACCUACAGUCACUUGGAAAAAAGGGGAUGAAAUUGUUCUGAUCAGGUCCAGGAAGUAUUCGCUAUUGGCAGGAAGUAAUCUUCUCAUCAGAAGUGUAACUGAACAAGAUUCGGGGUUUUAUACCUGUGUCGCCAACUACGAGAAUAAGACAUUUGCUGCCUCAGCAGAGUUUAUUGUAAUGAUUCCACCUAGCUUUCUCAAGCGCCCUUCCAACCUGUAUGCUUACGAGAGUAUGGAUAUCGAGUUUGAAUGUGCGGUCACUGGGAAGCCAGUGCCCACUGUGAGAUGGAUAAAGAACGGAGAAGUGGUCAUUCCCAGUGACUAUUUCCAGAUCGUGGGUGGCAGCAACCUGCGAAUCCUGGGUCUGGUGAAGUCAGACGAGGGCUUUUAUCAGUGUGUGGCAGAGAAUGAUGCAGGAAACGUGCAGGCAAGCGGACAGCUAAUCAUUCCAGAACCAGCCUUACCGAGCUUCAGUGUCCUUCCCUCUGCCCCUCGUGACGUGGUGCCCGUCCUGGUCUCCAGCCGCUUUGUCCGACUCAGCUGGCGUCCACCUGUCGAGACGCAAGGAAGUAUCCAGGCCUACACCGUUUACUUUGCCAGGGAAGGUGUUAACAGGGAGCGUGCUUUAAAUACUUCACAGUAUGGAGACUUGCAGCUUACUGUUGGGAAUUUGAAGCCAGAAGAAACGUAUGCAUUUCGGAUCGUAGCCUACAAUGAUUUUGGACCUGGGCAGAGUUCACAAUCAAUUAAAGUUGCUACUCAGCCUGAACUGCAAGUUCCAGGACCAGCAGAUAAUUUUAAAGUUCUCCCCAUUUCACCAAGCUCCAUUUUAGCAUCCUGGGAGCCACCCGCCUAUGCUAACAAUCCAAUCCAAGGCUACAGGCUGUUCUGGACAGAGGACAAUGGCAAAAAAGAACAGAGCAUCGAUGUGGAUAAUUUGUAUUAUAAGCUGGAAGGAUUGAAGAAGUUCACAAAGUACAGUUUACGGGUUUUGGCUUUCAACCGACAUGGGCCAGGCGUCUCUUCCCAGGACGUGGUGGUGAGCACAUUCUCUGAUGUGCCCAGUGCAGCGCCUCAAAAUAUUUCACUGGAAGUGGCAAAUUCACGAAGUAUAAAGGUCAGCUGGCUGCCACCACCAUCCAAUAUGCAGAAUGGCUUUAUUACUGGAUAUAAAAUCCGUCACAAAAAGAUUGGCCGCAGAGGUGACAUGGAGACCCUGGAGCCUAAUAACCUAUGGUACCUCUUUACAGGUCUGGACAAAGGUGCACAGUACAGCUUUCAGGUUGCAGCCAUGACCACGAAUGGAACUGGACCGUCCUCGGACUGGAUCACAAUACAAACACCAGAGAAUGAUCUGGACGAAUCCCAGGUUCCUGACCAGCCAAGUUCUCUUCAUGUCAGACCUCUGACAACGAGCAUUGUAAUGAGCUGGACACCACCAUUAAACCCUAACAUAGCAGUCCGAGGUUACAUCAUCGGUUAUGGAGUGGGCAGUCCCUACGCUGAGACAGUACAAGUCGACAGCAAACAGCGGUACUUUUCUAUUGAAAACCUAGAGCCGAGUUCCCACUACGUCAUUUCUUUGAAGGCCUUUAACAAUGUGGGACAGGGAGUCCCUCUGUAUGAAAGUGCCACUACCCGGGCAUUGUCAGUCCCAGACACCUCCACCCCCAUGCUACCACCUGUAGGUGUCCAAGCGGUCGCAGUCAGUCAUGACUCCGUCAGAGUCAGCUGGGCGGACAACGCCGUGCCCAAGAACCAGAAGGUAACAUCAGACAUCCGCUUUUAUACCAUUCGAUGGAGAACGAGCUACUCAGCCAAUGCCAAGUACAAAUCCGCUGAGGCAACAACAUUGAGUCACACAGUGACGAAUCUCAAACCCAAUACCAUGUAUGAAUUUUCGAUCAUGGUGACCAAAGGUCGGAGGUCGAGCACAUGGAGCAUGACAGCACAUGCUACAACAUAUGAGGCUGCUCCUACCUCAGCCCCGAAGGACCUGACAGUUAUUAACAGGGAAGGAAAGCCUCGAGCCGUCAUCGUAAGCUGGCAGCCACCAUUGGAGGCCAACGGAAAAAUUACAGGAUAUACGUUGUUUUACACGAUUGAGAAGAAUGCGCCGAUUGAUGAAUGGUUAAUUGAAUUGGUCAGUGGUGACAGACUGACCCACCAGAUCAUGGACCUCAACCUGGACACUGUCUACUAUUUUCGGAUCCAGGGACGAAAUGCCAAAGGCCUGGGACCGCUGUCUGAUCCUAUUCUGUUCAAAACACCCAAAGUUGAACACCCUGACAAAAUGGCCAAUGACCAAGGAAGGAGUAUACAUGGAGAUGGAUCCUUCUGGCCGGCGGACACCAACCUAAUCGACAGAAGCAGCUUAAAUGAGCCUCCAAUUGGUCAAAUGCAUCCACCUCAUGGCAGCGCGACCCCUCAAAAGAACGGUAAUCUGCUGGUGAUCAUCGUGGUCUCCAUUGGAGCAAUAAUGGUCGUGGUGGUCAUCGUCGUUGCUGUGAUUUGUACCCGUCGAUCCUCAGCACAGCAGAGAAAAAAACGGGCUGCACACAGUGGUGGCAAGCGAAAGGGGAGCCAAAAAGACUUGAGACCACCUGACCUCUGGAUACAUCAUGAAGAAAUGGAGAUGAAGAAUAUUGAAAAGCCUUCAGGGCCUGAACCGUCCGUAAGAGAUUCACCCAUGCAACAAAGCUGCCAGGAUAUAACCCCUGUCAGCCAUAGCCACUCGGAGAACCAGCUCACCAGCAAAAGCGGUUCCCAUUCAGGUCAUGAUCCUGACGAGGCUGGAAGCAGCAUGUCAACUCUGGAACGUUCUCUAGCAGCUCGAAGAGGAACCCGACCUAAACUGAUGAUCCCCAUGGAUUCACAGCCCAGCAAUCCAUCUGUUGUUAGUGCGAUUCCUGUUCCAACGUUGGAAAGUGCCCAGUAUCCCGGCAUCCUGCCAUCUCCAACAUGUGGAUAUCCACAUCCACAGUUUCCACUGCGUACCAUGCCAUUCCCAACACUAGCAGUUGAUCGUGGAUACGGACCAACCAUGAGUGAAGUUCAAACAACGCACCUCCAACAGCCUGCCGUGUUAACUCAGACACAACCCGAGCAUCCUUCAGGGGAGGAGGCCCCAAGCAGAACAAUUCCUACAGCGUGUGUCCGCCCCACUCAUCCUCUGCGCAGCUUCGCAAACCCCCUGCUACCCCCGCCCAUGACCGCAAUGGAGCCCAAAGUCCCCUACACACCCCUUCUCUCUCAACCAGGUUCCAAUCUCUCGCUGAGUCACGGUAAGACAGCCUCACUGGGAUUGGCCGGGAAGGCAAGAUCACCGCUGCUUCCUGUUUCUGUCCCCACAGCCCCGGAGGUCACAGAGGAGAACAACAGGACAGAGGAGCAAUCUAAUGUUUAUGAGCAGAAUGACUUGAGUGAGCAAAUGGCCAGUCUGGAAGGCUUAAUGAAGCAGCUGAAUGCUAUCACAGGCUCAGCGUUCUAAACACCAUCACUACCUGCUAGAGAUAUGUCCACCAGGAGUCAGGUAGCAUGCCAGUAUUUACGUACUCACCUUGGGGCACCCAAAGUGCCCCCUUCCUCUUCAGCAACUUUCAGGUCAAGCAAGGAAAUGCCUCGAAGGGACAUUGUUCAUCUCGUCAACCAUUCCAUUGUUCAUCUGUA